GCUUUGCCCACUGCAUCGAUUGCAGUUUGAUUAAUCCUAUUGUCUGUUGGUACACGGUCGGAUCUCGUUAUGCUGACGGUCUUCUAACAAUGCUCUUUGAGUCAGUCUCGAAGAUUGUUCUUGGUGGCGUGCACUCCCCAGCCACGGAACAUGCACAAUAAACCUAUAGGAUUGUAGCUGUUCACCAUCGUAAUUACCCUGAUGCUCAAUCAACUGUGUCGUCGUUGAAAGAUGUAUGACUAUCAAACAAAAUUAUCAUAAAGCUAGUCGCAAAACGUGUCUAUACUGCAGGGUCGAGGUGAGAGCAUUAGGGGAUAGUUAUCUUCCGAACUGUCACAGCACGUACCGCCAAAGACCUAGCUAAUUCAAUCAUCUGAUAUUUUCAAUAAGCUUACAAAGGACCUGUUCAGUGUAUCCUUGCUCUCAAACACCAGGGACACAAGAACAUGGGCACCCACAGCUACCUUGACAUUGCCACAACCGUCGGUUACGAAAGCGAGCCAGCAAAGGCGCCGGGUAUCGCAUUAGCAGUGUUUCUCGGGCUGGCAUCUCUGUUUGGCGCGGCGGGCAACGGUCUGACCAUACUCGCGGUCGUCAUUGACCGCAAGCUCCGCUCGCAAUCAUCCAGCUUCCUGAUCGCCAACUUGGCCGUUGCUGACAUGGUGGUCUUUGUGGUCAUCGAGCCAUUCCUAGCCUUUAGUACGGCCACCACUACCUGGCCCUUCAGCAGGCCACUCUGCGCUGCAUUGGGAGCUCUUGUGAUACAGCACAUGGCGGUGGCUGUAUGUGGCAUGACGGCUGUAGCCGUUAACAGGUAUUACAGUGUGGUCAAGCGUACCAGCUAUCAACGCGUAUUCACCCGUCGGAAAACCCUCGUAGUGUGCUUGGCCACCUGGUUACCUGGUCUACUUCUGAUUCUUCCACUAGUUACCAACCCUUUCUUUGCCGAUUACAGUACCUAUUUCGGCAUAUGCAUUAUCACUUCGCAGAACAUCGCAAUAGGACGGGCCAUAUCUGUAUUGACGGGUCUACUCAUUCUUAUCGGCAUCGUCAUCAGCUUGCUUUGCUACCUUCGCAUCUACAAGGAGGUGAAGGACAGCCGGCGACGAGUCAAGUCUCUGGAACCUUUGCCUGACGAUACUCGCCUACCCGGAGGACAGCACCAACCCCCUGGGUCCCAUGAAAACAACAUCUCACGGAAGCCCAACCCCAAGCAGCAGAUCAACCAGACUGAAAUCGCCAUCUCUCUCAACCUUUUCAUGGUAUUUACCGUGUUCUGCGUCUGCUGGACACCCAUCACUGUUCUUAUAUUUGUCCUGGAUGCAAACGACAGACAUUUCCAUGAUCAGUCUGAUUUAAUUCCAGACUGGGCGUGGCAGACUGCUUACAAGAUGGUCCUUUUCAACUCCUCAUUCAACAUCUUCAUUUACGCCUGGAGAAAUCGGAACUUCAGAUCGGCUUACGCCAAACUUUUAAGAUGCCCAAGUAGAUAAGUAGGACGUUCCUUUCCUACAAAUUGCUCGAAAUUGCUCGAAAUUUACUCGAUAUUGGUCCGUAAAAGUGUGUAGCAUCAUAUUUAUUACCAUUUCAGCUUAAACACACUAACCCAAUUGACGACAAAAAUAAUUAACAAUGAUUAUAUGCUCACUGAGUACAAGUUCUUGUUUUCGUAUUUAGUUUGUCUUUGUAUUUCACUAUCUUUCUCCACGUAUUUAAUUUUAACACCACCGUAUAGUCUGCAUGACACUUCUUAUUUUUGUUCAUUAUGCACAAAAGAUAGCUGCAGGCCCUACUCCUUUGUCACGAUCCUGGAAGUACUUGCUAUAUUUUUACUAUACACGUAUCCGUCUGCACUUGUAUGCGGCGAUCAUACCAAUUUCCACUUAGCUUCUAGUUUGCACCAUUCACUUCGUCCAUUGCCGUACGCAAGGUCACUUGAUGUGUAAACCACUUUCAAGUUUUCUCCAUUUCCUGGACGGUCUUGAUCUAAGCGUGUAAUCCCUGUCGUUGUUGUAGAUUAAUGGCACAUGCGGCAGACUAUUGCCCUGCGUGCCACAAGCAGUGUAGUCAGCGUCACUCGUAGGUUGAUUGGAUAAUCAUCUCACAUUUUGUAAAAAAAACACACAAAUGAAAUAGAGAAGACAUGCAAGAGAAAUGUAUCGAAUAGUUAAAGGAGUCUGCAUGAGUGAGUGUUGUCAAGUUAGUAGAAGUCUUCUCCAAACAGAUGUACAUGUAUGUGUAAACAAGAGACCUUAUAGUGGAAAGGAGGGGGCUUGAAGAAUCCUCCAGACAUUCAGUGCCUCGUGAAAGGGAUCCUGAAAGGUCGACCGUUUCCCAGCACUUUAAGGGCCCCGCUGGUUUGUUCACAGGUCCGCAUACCUCCAGGUGACGAUUGGUGACGAUGGCACCGAGUGUCUGGUCGGUCCUCCCCGCCCCAUCCCGUACAUGUCGCAGGGUCUCUGCUAUAUAGUAAUAUAUGUAUAUGUGAUGUAGGCACCAGUUUUUGUAGAAAAAAAUUCUCAGCAAAAUAUUAGUUCUGCCAGGAAUCAGAGUCAAUUUUAUGAUUCGGGCAAUAACUAUAUGUUGUUUGAGCUUGGUUGCAUAUAAAUUACUGAGAUAUGUGCGUCUUAAGUGUAGAGGGGGUUGUCCACAUUCUAUUUGUAAUUUGGUAAGAGAUGAUCCAUAAAGUGCCCCAGUGCAUAUUUUAAGUGCUUUGUAUUGAAUACUGUUCAGUUUAUUUUUGUAUACAGGAGCAGCUGAGUUGAAAGCCUCGCUUCCAUAUUCAAGAACAGGCUCAAUGAGCGUUUUAUACAGGUGAAGCAGAGUACUGCUAUCAGCUCCCCAGUCAGUUCCACUGAUACAUUUGAGGAGGUUGAGCCUAUUUUGACACCUAGAAAUUAUGUUCUCUAUGUGGUCUUUCCAAGUUAAUCUGUCACCAAAGACAACUCCUAAGAAUUUAGCAGUUGGACAGAAACUUUAGAAAGAAACUUUAGCACUUCCUAUGUUAAGAUUUUAUUGAUGUUCCUUUUAUGUGAAGAGAACAGCUGUGGUUUUGGAAUCUGAAAUUUUUAAUCCCCAUUUGUCACACCAAUCUUUUAUGUUGUCGAUGUUUUGCUGUACUUUUUGAGUGAUGUAAUUGACAUUGCGGUUUGUUUUCCAAAUUCCAAUGUCGUCAGCAUACUGAGACACAUUAACACCAUUGAUUGAAUCUGGCGGGUUAUUGACUACAAUAUUGAACAAAGUAGGGCUAAUAACACUGCCUUGGGGAAUUCCGUUGUGAAUAUUGACUGGAUUUGAAAGACAACCAUUGACAUUGACUUGGAUGGUUCUCUCCGACAUAAAAUUGUAAAUCCAUUGAGUGAUAUUACCAUAAAUUCCAAGUGUAUGUAGUUUUGUAAUUAUUCCCAUAGGCCAGAGGGUGUCAUAAGCUUUUUCUAGAUCAAGGAAGACAGCCAGAGUGCUUUCCUUAUUAGCGAAACCUUUGUUAAUACAAGAUUCCAGACCGAUAAUAUCAUCUUUAGUGCUCCUCCCUUCCCGGAAGCCACAUUGUGAUUAUUAUGUAACUUAUGUUUUUCAUGAUAGCAGGUGAGUCUAUUAUUAACCAUACGUGCCAUUAUUUUAUAAAUAGUAGAUGUGAGAGCAAUGCGACGAUAUGAUUUUGGGUCAGCAGAUUUCUUUCCAGGUUUCAAUAUGGGAACAAAAAUGGCUUCUUUCCAAGUAAACGGACAUUGCGAUGUAUGCCAAAUCAAGUUAAAGAUCUGUAUUAAAAUCCCACGACUUUUCUGAGGAA